AUUGCUGCUGCCCCGAUUGAAACCACUCUGCAUUGCCUCAUAAUCGCUCCUACCCCACUGAAUAAUAAUGCAUCGUAAAUUUCCUUCGUGAAAGGAGGAGGAAAUUGAAACCCCGCAGUGCUGCAGGGCUGUGUGUGUGUGUGUGUGUGUGUCUGUCUGUCUCUUUCUGUUUCCAGCCAUUCUUCCUAACUGAAAGCGAGGAGUAACUUUCUCCUGGGAAUUGGGUAUUGGGAACCGGGGAUUUCGGAAGACGCAGAGCUGCGGAGGCGAAUGAGAAAUGGCAAGUGGCAAUGCUGAUGAUGGCGAAAGCCUGCCAUCGGGAUGGAUUCAAUGCUAGCGUACAAAGAGUACCGCCACUGCACACACAGGUAGAGAGGGAGUAGGGUGCGGUAAUAAUUGAGGGGGAGAGUGAGCGAGCGAGCGAGAGAGAGCGAGAAAGGAGAAGAUGAAGACCAUGGGACUUGCUUUGCUUUGCUUUGCGCAGGGAUGAAAGGGUGCCCGAUGUAGCCGCAGGUCAGACUCAUGGUGGGGCUACUAUUUACCACGGCUGUGGGGUCGGGAACAGUGACCGUGAGUAGCCUGUGCCAGGGCAAGGGCAGUUGCCGAGGGUACUGUAGGUUGUUGGAGGCUGGAAUCUGGUGCAGGGAGUUGGUGCGGGGAAGCUUGUCUCUUGAUGGGAGCUAGUUGCUACUGCUGCUUCGUUUGCUGCGGUGGAUAUUUGCUAGUUGUAGCAGUAGCGUAGUGUCGAGCCUGUAGACCUAUUGUCCAUUUCGAUGUCAUGCAACAACCUUCCUGCCAGUGCAUCCCUUGUCACCCCGCUGCACGCCUGUUAUUGCCACUUGCGUGCGGCAUGCUCAUCUCGCACCAUCGUCGCUCUCCCGCGCGGUGGCGAGUUUGCACUCGUCGGACUGGUCUCUUGACCAUGGCGUGGGCACUGUAGUUGUGCGUGGCGAAAUGGUGAAUCGUAAAGUUUGUUGCUGGUGUGGGCGCUGUGAAAAGGGUCUGGGUCUCCAUCAGAAGCGUAGAAUCAAUCACAAGGAGAGGAGGCCCUGGCCUGAGGUUUUUGGACCGCGCGUUUAAGGAUUAGCGCGAUGUGGAGUUUGAAUAAGGGUGAUUUAGCUAGGAAGCAGGUAGGAUUGCUCAUUUCCCACAAGGAGGUAACGGUGAAGGGUUGGGCGGCCCUAUAAUCCUAGUAGCAUAAUGGUAGAAAAUGGUUCAGGAUGCCUGUAACUUGGCUCACCAAACACAGAAUUUAGUAGUCCAGACUACAAUGCUGGAAUCUCAGCCGAAUAUUGACCAAGUAUAUCCAGAGGGAAAAGGAUUGGGAAGGCUUGUGUGUUCCUCGAGAAAGGAUGUUGGUGGUAGUGACUCCAGUGCAAUGGACGACUCAGUUACAGAUGAUGUCCAUGGAUGUACCAGGGACGUGUCGGGUAUGUCAGGUACCUCACCUCGGUCUUGGAAAGAUACUCGUGAAAGAUUUAGCACCGAGACGAUCAGGUGUUGUGCUGAUUUGGGCAGCGAAUUGUUUGUGCAAACAUGGAGAGAACGCCCUAGGGAUGCCUCAAGCUUUUUUGGACUUCUUCUCCACAACGUGGUAGCAUUCACUCUGGUAUUGUUGAGUGGAAUCAUAACAUGGGAAAGCUCCGUGAAUGAACUACGUAGUAGAAUCGACCGAACUAUCGUGUUCCCGCUGUAUCUCCCACAUUCAGUGGCGCUUGCGGUGGCAUGCAUUUGGACAACUGCUGCCGCUCCUGGGAAUCUGGUGGGUUUGUACCUGGUUAGGAUGUACAUGAUUUGGAGGGGUCACCUGGGAUUUACUAGUUUGAAUACCACAGUCAUGUUUCUGGCGGCAUUUUUAGCGACACUUCAAAGCCACAUAGGUGCAUAUUUUCUGCGGAAGUUUCUGUGUGCGGUUAGCUUAAAGAGAUUUCCCACGAUCGACUCUGCGAAAGAAGCAGUGUGGUACUUGAUCACAGUCUUCUUUCUUUCCUUAGUGUUUAGCACAGUCAUCUCUUUGUGCAUUGCGAUUACCCCUCUCUUACAAUGGACUAGCUUCUGGACAUACUGGGGAACCUGGUGGCUUGGGGUUCUGGCAACUAUGAUCACUGUCACACCACUUCUCACGCAUCUCUUAGCUUGGGAAUAUGAAUCUAGCUUAAGGAGCCCUGGGAAUCUACUGGAGUGCUUAUUGUGUGUUGUGGCCACAUCAGCCAUCAUGGCGAUUGUGUUCUUCGUCAACUUUGAAAACUUCCGGGUGCUGCCCUAUCUGUGUUUCCCUCUCAUCACGUGGACUGCUUUUCGAUUUAAUAGAGUGGGCUGGGCAAUCACCGUCAGCACUGUUGCUUACUGUUGUGCUUUAGGAACCGUCCGCAGGACGGGCGCUCUUUAUAACCUAAGAGCGCCAGCUUCACCUUCUUCCCCCGAGCUCAUUAUUCAGGUUGAACUUUUCAGCUGUGUGGUGGGAAUAAUCAGCAUAAUAUUGGCCGCAGCAGUGAAAGAGAAAAAAGUCCUCACUCAAAAACUACAUCAGUUGAACAUUGAGCUGGAACAAACAGUUGACUUAAGAACAUUGGAGCUUCGUAAAGCGAAUGAGGAACUUCAAGUUUCGCAGAGGAAAGCUGUACAAGCUAGCCAUGCUAAAUCAGAUUUUCUCGCAAACAUGAGUCACGAAAUCAGGACACCAAUCCAUGGGAUCCUGGGCUUGACUGCAUUGCUCUUGGAGUCCGAGCUCACUCCAGACCAGACGGAGAGUUUAGAGUCCGUUAAGGAAUGUGCGGAUCUUCUUUUGCAUAUUAUCAACAGCGUUCUAGAUCUUGCUAAGAUUGAGGCAGGACGCUUGGAGGUAGAGAAAGUUCCAUUUAACAUUCGGAAAAUGGUAUCAAGUACUUUUCGCAUGCUGCAAGCACGGGCACAACAGCGUGGCUUGAAGCUGUUAUGGGAGGUUGAUAAAUGCGUGCCUCAGACCUUGGUGGGCGAUGUUGGAAAGCUACAGCAAUGUUUAUUGAACUUAGUUGGCAAUUCGCUGAAAUUUACGCACAAAGGAUUGGUAACUGUGAGUGUAAGAUUAGCAGCUGAUCAAACGACCAUGCCCCUUGACAUAAACGAUGAAUCUGCAAAAAAUGUGGUUGGAGCAUCUGGUGACAAGUCUUCAGAGGGCUCUUUAAACCAGGAAGCUCCAGGCAGGGUGAACGUUGAAUUUGAGGUUCGGGAUACUGGAAUUGGAAUCAGUCAAGAGAAAUUACUGGACAUGUUCAAGCCAUUCACGCAGGCUGAGGCAUCCACUUCGCGUUUGUAUGGUGGAACUGGGCUUGGCCUUUGCAUAGUUCAGAGAUUCGUUGAGCUUUUAGGAGGCACUAUAUCGGCUGAAAGCGAACUUGGCAAAGGGAGCGCCUUCUACAUUCGUUUGCCCUUCUACCCGAACAAACCAGCAGAGAGUUCAUCAGUAUCGUCUCCAAAAGUUUUUCCAGAUAAAAUUCAUGGUCGUCAAUCCUGGAGUCUUAUGGGAGGUUUGAUCUUCAACCCAUCUGGCAAGUACCAGAAUGAAUCAAAUCAGCUAGAAUCUGGAGCACAUACUUGGAAUUCGAAUUUAGCUGCAAGGGUUCGAACAACCAAUGAUCUUUUAGGACUGUUCAAGGACAACAAAGGCGCUGGUUUGGGUAAUUUUGACGGCAUCGAUUCGUCCGCUGUGAAUGGAUACUCACCAGAUUUUCAAGGCUCUAAAUAUAGACUUGGAGCAGUGCGGAAAGGUAGUUAUGGUCCAGAACAUUAUGCGUGGGCUGCACCUGAACUCGUGCAGGGUGGAUCUAAUCCAGUCGUUGAAGAUCAGCUAGUAGAGAAGACACUGUCAGAUCCAGCUAGUGCAUUAAAUGAAUGCAACAUGCCUCUGAAGUGGGAUUCUGUCCGUAGUGAUCGAGGCGCAAGCAGUGAAGUCACGCAGUUGUUACAACCGGAGUCUCUCUUGAAUCGAGUCAAUAGUGGUAACCCAGAAUCGUGGGAGCUAGUCCAGUCACAGAACUUCGUGUCGGUUUCUUCACAAACAUCUUCUACUUUCUCAGAUUGGGGAGUAGGAACUGCUUUCUUAAGGCCACAUGAAGGUUCUAUGGAUUCCGACCCUCCAGAAGGAGAAGAAGCCCUGCACGGGGCCAUGGAACGUGAAAGAGGAAAUGUGAUAGGAUUAGCGGGCAAUUUGUCAGUAGUAGUAGGGGCACAUUAUCCACGUGGGGAGUCGACCUCGGUAAGAUCAGAUCUUAGUAGAGAAUCAUCUGCAGAGUUGGAGAAGUUGUUAGAUGGCAAGGUUAGUCUAAAUAUACUGCUGGCGGAAGACAACGCCAUUAAUCAAAAGGUGGCCAGCCGACAACUCGAGAAACAUGGACAUGUUGUCACCAUUGUAGGCGAUGGUCAGCAAGCCCUGGAGGCCAUUAUUAGUCGUCACGACGAGUUCGACCUCGUGCUGAUGGAUGUUCAGAUGCCAACAAUGGAUGGAUUAAGGGCUACAGACCUCAUACGAAAAGCUGAACGUGAGAAUAGCUGGACGCGGGUUCCUGUAUUGGGGCUUACCGCGCAUGCUAUUCAGGGUUACCAAGAAACAUGCCUACAACAUGGAAUGGAUGGCUACCUUGGCAAACCUUUUGAUAUUCACCAGCUGCUAAAAACUAUUGGUCAUUUGUUGCCACCUGAUAGGCUUGGCCAGCGGCCGUGACCUUUUGUUUGUACAUUAUUUCUAUGCUGGUUAGAGGAAAUCACUACACUGAACAAUUUUUGCUGGAAUUGACCCUUGCCUUGGUUUCCAUGAUCUCAGCCACGACGAGGCAUUCAUCCUGUAUCAUGUUUCUUUUCCAUUGAUUGCCGCAUAUUUAGGGCUUGUAUAUUUCAUGGUA